CUCUCCCCUCCCCAAAUCAUCGGAAAUCUGCUUCUCUCAUUCCAUCUCGCCAUUCCCACUCCAAAUCCACUUACCCACCAAAAACUUACCUUCGCACAAGACCAUCCGCGUCUUCGCCGUAGCGCUAGAGUCGCAGGAGCUCCCUCAAAACAGCCCCCAACGGCUUCUCAAAGAGCUCCAAGAGCGCAAGAAAUUCACUUCCCCAAAGAAGAAACUCCCGCCAAAGCGGUUCAUCCUAAAACCCCCGCUCGACGACAAGAAGCUCGCCGAGAGGUUCCUCAACAGCCCUCAGUUGUCCCUGAAGCAGUUCCCUCUGCUGAGCUCUUGCUUGCCUUCUUCCCGUUUGAACAAUGCCGACAGAACUUGGAUGGACGAGUACCUGCUGGAGGCCAAGCAGGCUCUAGGGUACCCUUUGGAGCCGUCGGAAGUGCUUGCCGAUGAUAACCCAGCGAAGCAAUUUGAUACUCUUCUGUAUUUGGCGUUUCAGCAUCCCAGCUGCGAGAGGACGAAUGCCAGGCAUGUGAGGUCAGGGCAUUCCAGACUGUGGUUCUUGGGGCAGUACGUGCUUGAAUUGGCCUUGUGUGAGUUUCUUCUGCAGAGAUAUCCCAGGGAGUCUCCUGGGCCUAUGAGGGAGAGAGUUUAUGGGUUGAUUGGGAAGAAGAAUAUGGCUAAGUGGAUCAAAGCUGCUAGCUUGCACAACUUGGUAUUCCCUUAUGAUGAUAUCGACAAGCUGAAGAGAAAUGAAAGAGAGCCGCCGGUGAAGUGAGUUUUUCGCUUCCAUUUCAGAAGCUCAAAUGGUUGUUUCUUAUGAUUAUGGCAUUUGAAUUUAGAUUUUGGGAUAUUAUGAUUUUGUGAGUAGGCUACUGCUGGCUAUGAAGUAGUUGGUAGAGUGAAUUUGCUAUGGUUCUUGCUAUUCCUGCUAUUUAUUGAGAUUUGAUAUUCUGCGUGUGACAGUAUUGUAGAUAAGUGCUGAAAAAUCCACUGUUUGAUUUGCUUCAUUUGAUAUAGUACCAGGCAGGGGAUUUUUUGCAUCGAGGUGAGAAAUUAGAAAUGAGAGGUUUAGGUAUUGAAAAGGAAUGGUACGAGAUGUAUUUUUGAGCCCCUCCUGGUAUGUCCUGCCUUUGAUUGCAGAGAUUACUGCAUGAGGUUGUCCAAAAGAAUAUAGAAUGCAGCUACCCUAAAUCAUUGCUGAUAUGGAGAAAUGGGAUUUAGUAUUAUGAUUCUUGUGGUUGGUUGAUAAUCGAAUACGUGUAUUGUGGAUCAUGCUCAUAUUGCAGACUCAGAUUUGUUUUGUCGUGUGAGCAGGUCAGUGUUCUGGGCUUUGUUUGGGGCAAUUUAUUUGUGUUAUGGGAUGCCAGAAGUGUACCGUGUUCUUUUUGAAGUGUUCGGGAUGGAUCUUGAAGCAGAGGAUUGCCAGCCAAAGUUAAGAAGACAACUUGAAGAUGUCGAUUAUGUUUCUGUUGAAUUCGAAGGCAACAAGCUGAGUUGGCAAGAUGUUGCUGGUUAUAAGCCUCCACCAGAUGCACUAUUUGCACAUCCAAGGCUUUUCAGGGCUUGUGUUCCACCAGGUAUGCACAGAUUCAGGGGCAACUUGUGGGAUUAUGAAAGCAGACCCCAUGUGAUGCGCACGCUUGGAUAUCCCUUGAAAAUGGCUGAUAGAAUUCCAGAUAUUACUGAAGCAAGGAACAUCGAACUCGGGCUUGGAUUGCAGCUUUGUUUCUUGCAUCCAUCAAAAUACAAGUUUGAACAUCCUAGAUUUUGCUACGAGCGCUUAGAGUAUGUUGGCCAAAAGAUUCAGGACAUUGUUAUGGCUGAGAGGCUGCUGAUGAAGCAUCUAGAUGCUCCAGGGAAAUUCCUGGCAGACAGACACCGGCGGAUUCUGAUGAACAAGUUCUGUGGGAGGUAUUUGAGGGAGAAACGACUGCACCAGUACAUGGUCUAUGCCGAGCAGGUCCAAGACAGGUACGAACACAACAGGAGGAUGAAGAACCCAACCACUACUUCGGUUCAGCAAGCCCUUCAUGGGCUGUCGUACACCGUGUAUGGGAAACCAGACGUCCGGCGCCUCAUGUUUGAAGUCUUUGAUUUUGAGCAAAUUCAACCCAAACCAGUGGGAUGAUUUGUUUCAUCCAUUGUUUAUAUAUGGGUGUAGUAAAGCAUUUUCCACAUCUGGAUUUAGAGGCUCUUACUGAUUUUUGACAUCGAAACUGGAAUCUAUAGUAAGCUUUAACAACCAGGUCUAUGUAAAUACGAUAGUCAGAGCGCACUGGCUCUUGUUGUAGAUGUAUGGGAUAAUGGAAUUGGGAGCAUAGUGGCUAGAUGAAAUCAAAUGACAUUCCUCGACGUCAGCCUGCUUGCUGUAUUAAAAAACAAUAAAUGAUUUUUGUGUUCAGUAACAAUCCAUUAUUAAAUAUUAGAUUGAAGAUUUGAUUGUUUGCACGUAGAGG